AUGAAACGCCACUACAAGGAGUAUGCGGAAUUCUGCUGCGAGGAAGCAGAUAUUCCCAAGUCCAAGCAUGCCCACAUUGUUGAAGCAGCACAGCGCCCUCUGCAAGAGCUUAUGAUCAAAGUUCUUGUUGCGGUUAAUGCCCCAAUAAGUGAGGAAGAAGGGCUGUCUGCACUACAGACAUUUAUCGUAUCCGAAACUUAUAAGGAGUUCAUCAAAGCCCCUGUUGACAUCAUCAUGCUGGAUCCAAAGCUAUCGGGCUUCAAACUAGGCUUUACCUCGAGACUUCUGCAUCAUAUUCGAGUCAAUCCAGGACAAUACCAUAUUCCUCACCGGCUCAUACCAUUUCUCACCACGAAAGUGUUCGCCACUGCGAUCAGCCGAUCAAUUAUUGCCUCCCGAGCAGAGAUAAAGCGAAAGCUCAAGGAGCUUUUCCACAAGAAGGCGAACAUCUAUGCACUUGUUAAGAAGCUUGUCGGGAAUCUCAAGUCACAAGUUACCGUGACCGAGGAUCAUUGGUACCGAUGGGCAUGGGUGCACAAUGCAUACAUCCGGUUUGAGAACCUAAAUCUUCAUCAAAAAACCUUCUGGAAUUGGGUCAACAACGAGUUGUCACUGCACCGACAGAGUGUCAAGAAUAUGCCCAAACCUGCUCGCUCAAAGGCUCUUAAAGGGAUGUUCAAGCAAGCUUUCGACAAGCAUUUGAAUGCCUAUCCUCCAAGCAAAAGGCUUACAGCUUCAACACAGCGUGAGACUCUCUGGCAGACCAAUGCAACUCAUUCGAUCUCUGCAAUGGAAGAGUACGACCUUCAUGACAUUCCCAAUGAUAUCGAUGAGGAAGAUGAAGAAUAG